GUGCGGGGGUCUGCUGUACCCAGAAUAUCUGAUGGAGCCACCCAGGGAAGAGUUGUACCCGUUUGAAGCCUUUUAUUUGUCUGACCCACCAUUAUGGGAUGAGAGUACUGUCGCGAGCCAUAUACACUCGAAAAUAAGUCUGUAUGAAUACAAUAAAACUGCCACCGUCGGGGACGCCGUGUCUGUGGUCAUCAACAUGUUUGAUAGAAAGGGCAGACAAAGAUUAAAAGGGGGAGACAGGCUCAGAGUUUGGCUGAAAGACAUGAAGUUUCAGCACAGCAUAAGUGCCAACAUUACCGAUUUCAACAAUGGGACCUACCUGGCAACUACAAUACUCCCAUGGGCGGGAUCAGUACG